UGAAGGGAAGCAGUACACUAUGGGAGAGAGCUGGAUGGAGCAGGGCUGUGUGCAGUGCACCUGCCUGCACCCCAUGGGAGUGGGAUGCUGUGAGACUGUCCAUCGGCCUGUUGACUUCCCUCCCUGGUGUGAAGUUCGAGUUGAAUCUCUGACCUGUCAGCUCACACUGGUGAUGACGUCUGAUCCUCGUCUGCCCUGCAUUCCUGGAGAAGAGAACAACAUUGACCCAAUACAUGGAGCAAUGAACAGGCUGGCAGGUUAGCGUGGAGGGAGACCAAACACAAAUCAUAUGGCUAACAUACACCUUUCUCGCUAUUAUGUGUGAGUUGGGAUAUUACACCUUAUAGCAACUGUAUUCACAAAACAUAACCAUUACCAUUUAAGCUGCACUUAAAGCAAGGAAGUGGUCUGGCAGGUACAGCAUGUAUGAAGGAAGGUACUCUUGAGACCUGUAUUUGAAUAAUGUAUUGAAGUGAAUGACAAAUCAGAAGUUCUUUUUAUUGAUGGUUGUGUAUGUAUGUGUGCAUUUUAUACCAUGAUGCCUAAAUAGUCUAGAUGUCUCUGAAAACAAACUCGUCGGGAGACAUAUGCUUCUCUGCAACCUAAAAUAAUUUGAGUAGAAAAAUUGCUUAUGUUGCUGAAAUUGGUUAUUUUAAGCAGCAUUGUCAAAACAUUUCCAUCAUGUAUGCACUAUUGUAAAUAACCAGCUGAAAAAAAGCAUAGUAAUAUAUGUAACCGUU